UUGAUUUUCAGUUAUACGUGAAAUACCUUACAGUGUAAAUACCUUACAAGAACGAUUCACUAAACACUAACACUUUCAAAAUCUAAACAAUAUAUAAAAUGAAAAAUAUGUUUAAGUUUCUCUUAAUAAUUGGAUUAUUUGGUAUAUUUUCAACAAAUGCAAGGCAAAUAAUUUACGAUUAUAAUGAAAGAAUUGUCAAUGGUUACAAUAUUGAUAUUAAAGAUGCACCAUAUCAAAUUGGUAUAUUCAAUGGAUAUUCAUUUAUAUGCGGUGGAACAAUAAUUUCUAUAAAAUAUAUAAUCACAGCAGGGCAUUGUUUAGCUGAUAUUGUCAAUAAUAAUAAUCUAAUUAUACAAGCUGGAUCAAGUGAAUUAAAAAUUGGUGGUAGUUUUCAUAUUGCAAUUAAUGUAAUAAUUCAUGAAAUGUACAAUGAAUCAACAAUGGAACAUGAUAUUGCUCUCAUUGAAAUUUAUCCAUUAUUAUCAUUAGACAAAUUUCGUCAGCCAAUUGGACUUUUGAAAAAUAGUGAAAUUUUAAAAAUUGGCGAUAUUGCAUUAAUCACUGGUUGGGGUGAUACCAUUGAGAAUGGUGAAUUAUCAUUAAAUCUUCAAGCUGUACGUGUACCGAUAAUUAGUCGUGAAUUAUGCCAACAGCAAUAUAAUAAUAAUUAUGAGGAUAUUGAGAAUAUAAUUUUUAUGAGUCAAAUAUGCGCUGGUUAUCCAGAGGGUGGUAAAGAUUCAUGUCAUGGUGAUUCUGGUGGUCCAAUGGUUGUUCAUGGACAACUUACGGGUAUUGUUUCAUAUGGCAUAGGUUGUGCAAGAGCUGCACUUCCUGGAGUUUAUACCCAUGUGGCUUAUUACAUUGAUUGGAUUGAGAAAAAUACGAAUUUGAAAUUUUAAAAGAAAAAAUUAUAAUCUAAAAAAACCUGAUGGUUAAAAAUCAUUAUUUAUUAUUUAUUUAAUUUAUUUGUAAAUUGUUAAUUAUAAAAAAAAAGAAAUUAUAAAAUUUCAUUAUAUUUGUGUAUUAAAAAAAUAUGCAAUAGAUUU